AUGUCGUCCAACGCCUCCACCUACUCCAACCGCUUCGCCGUCGACCUUGCGAAAAUCCGCAACAUCAACGUCCAUGCACGCGUUCCCGUCGUCCUCGACGCCUCCAACUCCACGUACUUCGCGUGGAAGACGUACUUCACGCUGCUCUUCCGCGAGAACAACCUCGUGGAUCACGCGGAUGGCACCGUUGACUCCCGCGCCAUGGUGGAUGACGCUGAGUGGACCGCGAUCGACGCCACCAUCAUCCAGUGGUUCUUCACCAUCAUCUCCAAGGACCUGUUCCACACAGUCGUGAGCGCCGGCGACGACGCCCGCACCUUGUGGGUCAAGCUGAACGGCCUCUUCACCGACAACAAGCUUCAGCGCCGCGUUUUUUUGCAGCAGGAAUUUUUUGACCGUCACCAGGAUGAACAGUCAAUUGAUGACUACUGCCACCGCCUGAAGACGUUAGCAGAUGAGCUCCGCGACAUUGGCGCCAAGGUUGAUGACGACCUCCUCCUCAGCACGCUCACCGCUGGCCUCAUCGAGGACUUCGGCAACGGCGCCUCCAACCUCACCUUGAUGCCGGAGCCCUCCUUCCCCAAGUUUGUGGUGUACUUGCGGUUGGAGGAGUGCUGGAUGAAGGGGGUCAAGAAGCGCGUGCAGCAUCAUGCCCUCGCUGCCGGCACCUCCCGUGGCGCCCCACCAGCGCCGCGCCAGCAGCCGCCACCCCCGCGCCUCCGGGGUACUUCCCCCUGCUGCCCACGCCCCCCGCCCCUCCCGCUGCCCCCUAGCAGCCCGGUGGUGGGCGCCGCGGCAACCGCUGCGGGGGCGGCCGCAAGCAGCAACAGGCGCCGGGGGGGGGGGGCUCGUCAGCAACAGCAGCAGGUCAACCCUCCGUAG